UACGGGAUUUAUAGUGUUUUGUAUUUGUAGAAAUUAUAUGAGAUACAUAUUUCUAAAGGUAAAUGUUAACAUGUGCACCUAAGGCACAUGUUAAGAAUACAAAUAUAGAAAUAUUUACUAGUACAUUACAAUCAUUUUGUCCUACAUGCAGUUUCCGAGUCAUAUCUUAUGGAAUUUGGAAAGUUAUCAAAUAAGUACUUUGCACAUACGCGGAAACUUUUGGUCAGUUGAGUUGACUAUGUUUUAAGCUCUCACACUUGAGGUUUCUUUUUCCACAAGUCUUAUUUAAUCUUUCGCUAGUUACAAUAACAAAUUAAGUACCAAUAGAUCUUUCACUAUACAGAAUUUCCUGGAAGCCACUUCUCUAUAUUAUAUUGUGGUUUCUUUGAGCUUGAGAAAUCAAAAGACCAAUAUCCAAACCUAAAGACAACACUGAACUGCAAAGUUUCUUCAUCAGAAUCACAAGAGUUGUUGAUUUCAUUUCAUAUCCAAUUAUGACAGGAGGGUUGGUUGAAGGAGCUGUUCUUGGUGCAGUGUUUCAAGAAGGGACAAAACCAAUCACAAAUCAAAUAUACAAAUCUUUAAAGUUCAAAACUACGCGCAAAAAACUCGCCUCCCUUGUGCAUCGCAUGAUGCCAGUUGCUAAACAGAUUAAACUGUUAAACGAGAAAUUGGAUCGUCCAAAAGAAGAGGCAGAGAGGUCAAUAGAAGAACUUGAACAAGCGAAAGAGAUUGUUAACAAAUACGCCAAAGUUCCAUGGUGGAAAUGUUGUUGUUUACCUUGUUACCAAGGAAAGCUUCAUGCUAUGGAAGAGCAAAUUGGAUCCAGUAGUAUUGUUACUCUGAUGAACACGGCGAGAGAUGGUAAAGAGACACUUUCCUUAGUGAGAGAUUUGAAAAGGAGACAAUUCAAGAGGUUAUUAGAUGCUCCUGUAAAACCCGAUUUCACUGUUGGGUUGGAUUUUCAUUUGAAUCAGUUGAAGAGUUGGUUACUCAGUAGUGGUGUGUCUGUCCGUGUGUUAACCGGCUUGGGUGGAUCCGGGAAAACAACUUUGGCUACCUUGCUAUGUUGGGAUGACCAAGUUAGAGGAAAAUUUGGGGAAAAUUUAUUGUUCAUUACUGUGUCGGAAACUCCAAAUUUGAAGAACAUUGUGCAAAAAAUGUUUCAAGAUUGUGAAUAUGAAGUGCCUUGCCUUGAAGAUGAUGACGAUGAUGAUGCGAUUAGAAACUUGAGAAGUUUGCUUAAGAAAAUUGCGGAAAGUCGUCCGGUGAUGUUGGUUCUAGAUAAUGUUUGCCAAGGCUCGGAAUCCUUUGUUGAGGCCUUCAAGGUUCAAGUUCCAGAUUGUAAAAUUUUGAUAACUACUAGAGUUAAGUUUCCACGGUUUAGAACUUCAGUCGUAAAGCCUCUUAGACCUGAUGACGCAGUUACCCUUUUCCGUCACUUUGCUCUACCAAAUGAUGGAGAAAGGAGAACUUAUGUUCCUGAUGAAGAAUAUGUGCAACAGGUAGCAAAGGGUUGUUGGGGUUCUCCACUGGCCCUUAAAUUGAUUGGUGGAUCACUCUGUGGACAAGAUAUCGCGGUGUGGAAAAAAAUGGUGAAAUUGUUGUCCAAAGGUCGUUCUAUUGUUCAUUCUAAUAAGAAAUUGCUUAAUCGCCUGCAAAAAGUCUUGGAGGAUGCAUUGGAAGAUAAUCCUAUCAUCAAGGAGUGCUUCAUGGACCUUGGAUUAUUUUUUGAAGACAAAGAAAUACCUGUGGCAGCCCUCAUUGACAUGUGGACAGAAUUGUAUAACCUAGACGACGACAACAUAGAAGGAAUGAACUUUGUUCAUGACUUAGACAACCUGCAUUUGGUCAAUCUUGCAAUUUCAAGGGAAGCGGCAAGUCAUAUUGACAAUUACUACAACCACCAUUUUGUUACUCAACAUGACCUUCUUAAGGAGAUAGCUAUCCAUCAAGCCAGACAGGAACCAUAUGAACAAAGGACGAGGUUGAUUUUUGACGUGAAUGAAAAUAGUUGGGAUCAACAGAACCAGCAAAAUACCGUUGCACGCACAUUGUCCAUAUCAACUGACAAAAUGUUGGCCCCAGAUUGGAGCAAUGUUGUAAAAGCUGAAAAAGUUGAGGUUCUGAUCUUGAAUCUCCAUACUGAUAAGUUCAUCUUACCGGAGUGCAUAAAGAAAAUGACUAACCUCAAAGUUUUGAUAAUCACCAAUUAUAAUGGUUUUCACUUUGCUGAGUUAGAAAAUUUUGAGAUACUAGGUUGUCUACCCAACCUUAAAAGAAUCAGGUUGCAACAGGUAUCUGUUCCUUCUCUUUGCAAGUUGGAGAAUCUGCGAAAAUUGUCCCUUUACAAUUGCAAAACGACACUUGAUUUUCAAAGUGACGCCGUAUCAAUUUCGGAGCUGCUUCCAAAACUAGAAGAAUUAAGUGUUGAUUAUUGCAAAUAUUUAGAAUCACUUCCUGCCGGGCUCGGUGAUAUUACUUCCCUCAAGAAACUCAGUAUCACAAGAUGCAUAAAUUUUCUUGUGUUGCCGCAAGAAAUUGGAAACCUUGAGAAUCUGAAAGUAUUACGACUUGGUUCCUGUGCCGAGUUGGAACAGAUACCAACUUCAAUUGGAAAGCUCGUUGAGCUACAUUUUCUUGAUAUAUCAGGUUGCCCAAGUCUUCACACUUUACCAGAAGAAAUUGGAAACCUGCAUAAUCUAAAAGAGCUUCACAUGACUGAUUUCUCACCAGACACAUUGCCAGAGUCCGUCACAAAACUCCAGAAUUUAAAGCAUUUAAUAUGUGACCAAGAAACUGCUGAAUAUUGGGAACAACAUUUCAAGCCUAGUCUUCCCAAUCUGAAAAUAGAGAAGGCUAAAAUUAAAUUAUUCAUCGCUGUAUAAUACUAUUAUAUAUUACUGCAUUUGUUUGUUGCCACGGCAAUAUCUGUAAUGAACUCAAUGAUUUUCAAUUAUCAUAUAUACAAAUAUAUCCCUGUGCACGAUUA